AUGCGUGCCCUCUCACUGAUUGGCCUCGUUGGUGUCGCCAAUGCGGUCUGUCCGUACAUGACGGGCCAUUUGAACGCCCGCGAUGAUGGCGACGCGACUGGUGCCACGGAGGAUUUUCUGUCCCAAUUCUAUCUGGACGACAGUGAUGCCUACCUGACCAGUGAUGUCGGUGGCCCUAUUGAAGACCAAAACAGUCUGUCCGUGGGCGAGCGCGGUCCGACCCUGCUGGAGGAUUUCAUCUUCCGGCAGAAGAUCCAGCGGUUCGAUCACGAACGGGUCCCCGAACGUGCUGUCCAUGCCCGUGGUGCCGGUGCGCAUGGUGUCUUCACCUCGUACGGCGAUUACUCCAACAUCACGGCCGCUUCCUUCUUGUCGGCCGCGGGCAAGCAAACCCCGGUGUUUGUGCGCUUCUCGACCGUCGCUGGUAGCCGUGGUAGCUCGGAUCUCGCUCGUGAUGUCCAUGGCUUUGCGACUCGGUUCUAUACUGACGAGGGUAACUUUGAUAUUGUCGGCAACAACAUCCCCGUCUUCUUCAUCCAGGACGCCAUCCUCUUCCCCGAUCUGAUUCACGCCGUCAAACCUCGCGGCGACAAUGAGAUCCCCCAGGCCGCGACUGCGCACGACUCCGCCUGGGACUUCUUCAGCCGUCAGCCUAGCACCAUGCACACUCUGUUCUGGGCCAUGGCCGGACAUGGUAUCCCGCGAUCCUUCCGCCAUGUCGAUGGGUUCGGCGUGCACACUUUCCGCCUCGUGACCGACGACGGCUCCUCCAAGCUGGUCAAAUUCCACUGGAAGACGCUGACCGGCAAGGCCAGCAUGGUCUGGGAGGAGGCCCAGCAGGUGUCGGGCAAGAACGCCGACUUCAUGCGCCAGGAUCUGUACGAUUCGAUCGAGGCCGGACGCUUUCCCGAGUGGGAGCUCGGUGUCCAAAUCAUGGAGGAAGAGGACCAACUGCGCUUCGGGUUCGAUCUCUUUGAUCCCACCAAGAUCGUCCCCGAGGAGCUGGUGCCCAUCACUCCGCUGGGCAAGAUGACGCUCAACCGCAACCCUCGCAACUACUUCGCCGAGACCGAGCAGGUCAUGUUCCAACCCGGUCACAUCGUGCGCGGUGUCGACUUCACCGAGGACCCUCUCCUCCAGGGCCGUCUCUUCUCGUACCUCGACACCCAGCUCAACCGGCACAACGGCCCCAACUUCGAGCAGCUGCCCAUCAACCAGCCGCGCAUGUACAUCCCGCUGAACCCCAACGCCUACACCCCCAACACGCUCAACAACGGCUCGCCGAAGCAGGCCAACCAGACCGUGGGCAAGGGCUUCUUCACGGCGCCCGGCCGCACCGCCAGCGGCCACCUCAUCCGCGCCGUCAGCCCGACCUUCAACGACGUCUGGUCGCAGCCGCGGCUGUUCUACAACUCGCUGGUGCCCGCCGAGCAGCAGUUCGUGAUCGACGCGAUGCGCUUCGAGAACUCCAACGUCAAGAGCGAGGUCGUCCGCAGCAACGUGAUCAUGCAGCUGAACCGCAUUGACAACGACCUGGCCCGGCGCGUCGCCCGCGCCAUCGGCAUCGCCGAGCCAGACCCCGAUCCGACCUUCUACCAUAACAACAAGACCAUCAACAUCGGCGCCUUCGGGCACAAGCUGCUGCGGCUGGAUGGUCUGAAGGUCGCUGUGCUCGGGUCGGUCGAUGUGCCGGACUCGCUGGCCGCCCGGCAGACCAUCGCCUCGCAGCUCGCCGGCGAAAACGUCGACGUCGUCACCGUCGCCGAGCGCCUCGCCCCCGGCGUGAACCAGACCUACUCCGCCUCCGACGCGGUCCAGUUCGAUGCGGUGGUGGUUGGCCCCGGCGUGGAGGGUCUGUUUGCCCCGAACUCGUUCACCAGCAAGCCCGGCAACUCCUCCACGGCGUCCCUAUUCCCCGCCGGUCGUCCGCUGCAGAUCCUCGUCGACGGCUUCCGCUUUGGCAAGCCGGUCGGCGCGCUGGGCAGCGGCAGUACGGUCCUGGACAACGUGAACAUCUCGACGGCGCGCGAGGGCGUGUAUGUGGCGGACUCGGUGACGGGCGAUUUCAUCAACGGGCUCAAGAACGGUCUGACCACGUUCAAGUUUUUGGACCGGUUUGCCGUGGACAAUUGA